ACCUGGUGCUCCUGCUGGUCCGUGGCAGGGCACCACUUCCGCUCGUGGGGGCACGUUUUAAUCCCUGCGAGGGGAAAGUCGUUCUUUCCUCCUUUUCCGCAGCGUCCGCCAAGAGAGCCGUGUUGUGGAUGACUGAGACAAUGGUUUAGUUAUGCCGAAUUCCCCCGGCUCCCGCACGUUUAGGAACUGAAUGUUGCAAGGCAGAACAGAUGGUGGCCGAGAUGUGUUCCUCGUUUUGUUAAUGUGGUUGAUACUCUCUCAAACACACUCUGAUCUGUGCAAAAGCUUCUUAUGCUUUACUGUGCUUGAUGUCACUCAUUGUGGUGUUUAAAUUUUAGUCAUGGUAUUAUUUAUUGGAAUACAGGGCUAUUGUGUAGUUUUUAAACCUUUAUGUCUCUUAUUUUGCUUCAUUCCUUAGAUCUUUGGUUUGAAGGGCUUUGUUUCCAUGGCUUCUUAGUGGAAGAUGUGACUGUGGGUGUUUUGAUACAGGCAGGUCUGGCCUUGAUUUAGCUGUAUUCUGGGGAAUGAAACCUAGCCCAUUAUCUUAAAUACCGACUUUGAAUUCGUUGAAGGAAAAAAGUGUGUUUCCUGUCUCAGGACUCUUAUUUAAAACUAAUGUAUUGUAAUGGAUGCCAGUUUGUAAGUCACUGAAGUCCAUUUCAUCAUGCUGGUCUUCUGGUAGACUUUAAUUUAUGAAGUAUUGGCUGCUAUUGAGUUGUAAACAAGACCCAUGUACAACUGAUAUUGCACAGAACUGAGUAUUCUCAGAAUGAUCUUUCUGUAAGGCUGAGAAGAUAUUACAAAAUGCUGCAGUAACCCUUGGUCAAUAUAAGCCAAAGAAGUUGCGAAAACACGUACUUGAGUUUUGUUGUUUGGAAAAGAAGAGAGCAAGAGUAAAGUUAGAAUUAGUUUCUUCCCCUUUGUCAGUCUCAAGCACAUGGUUCUAGGCUUUUUUUUUUUUCCGUUUGAAGGGAAGGUAAUAAGAACUGUGAGUAAUACGCAUAUAUCAUCAUAAAAGAUGUCUGUAUAGUAGUCUGUAGUGCUUAAAUUAUAUACAAGAAAUGUGUACUUAAAUAAAAACUGAGCAAGGUAGGAAAAGGUAGAAUAGUGGUAUAUUUAAAAUAUUUGUUUUGCCAGGGGUAUUCCGUUUCUGUUGUAAUGGAGCAGACAUAACUUUAAGGACUUAAAUCACAGCUUCUGAUAUUUCAAAGAAAGCCUAGUGAAGUGAGGAUAUUGGUUAUGAAUUUGGAAUGUUGAGUUACAAGCCACUGGAAUUCUCUGUUGCAUAAUCUUGUAAAUACAAAAAAUCAUUUUAUCUUGGUGUUAAUUUUCUUUUUGUAUUUUUUGUAGUGACCUGGAAUACAAUGACAAACAUGUUGCUUCUCUGUCCUUACCCUGCUAGAUGUGGUGUGUUUCUGUAGGACAGAUAGGCCUAAGGUGGCUUAAUGGGUUGGUUAUUGAUUAACUAUUUUCCCAACAUGGUCAGCACUUUACAUUUCAGGGUAAGAUCUUUGGAAUACCUUUUCAUGAGCUACCACAAUCACUUGUGCCAGAAUAUGGUUAUAUUCCAAGCUUUCUUGUUGAUACAUGUGAAUAUUUGGAAGAACAUAUUCAUACUGAGGGACUCUUCAGGAAGUCUGGAUCUCUUGUUCGUUUAAAAGCUCUAAAGGGUAAACUGGAUCAAGGUGAAAACUGCCUCUCAGCUGCACUGCCAUGUGAUGUUGCAGGGCUCCUUAAACAGUUCUUUAGAGAGCUGCCAGAACCCAUUCUCCCACCUCACCUGCAGGAAGGCCUUUUCAAAGCACAGCAGCUAGGAAAUGAGAAGAAAACUGCAACACUGUUACUGUCCUGUUUGAUGGCUGAUGGAACAAUUGAAGCUUUGAGAUACUUUUUCAACUUUCUGAGAAGUGUGUCCCUAAGGUCCAAUGAAAACAGAAUGGAUAGCAGUAAUCUGGCAGUGAUUUUUGCUCCCAACCUCUUGCACUUGAAUGAAAAUGAAAAGAUGUCAGCCAGUACGGAGAAAAAAAUUCGCUUGCAAGCUGCUGUUGUGCAAACACUUAUUGACCAUGCAGCAGAAAUUGGACAAGUACCAGAAUUUAUCUUGGAAAAGCUUCCUGCAAUGUUAGGUGUUGAUGCCUUUCAAUCUACUCCCUCACUGUGGGGGCAUGAAGACAGUGAAAAUGAAUCUCCCAGUGAAUGUAAGAAGAGAAGGCACCGAAGUGUUGGGGAUAUUGUUAGUGGAGCAUUGAAUAAAUUUAAAUCUAACAGAACACCCUCCACUACACCUCAACAAGACAGAAGCGUCCUUUCAUCGGUGACUCCAGUGGUUCUUACUCCAAGUACCAAGCGUAAACUUCCACCUGAUUGCUCUCAGGGCUUGUCCAGCAAGAAGAGACGAUCUUUCAAGCAUAGUUUUGCUUUUGAGUUGUUACCAAGUAGCAUUUUUAACAGCAGCUCAACACCAGCAUCAGUUCAGUUUGAAGCAAGUCCUUCUGUGUCUCUUGAGUCAUCACAAACCUCACUGUCUCCUUCAACUGGUAGUGAAAGUCAUCUGCCUAGUACAGGGAACAGAAGAAGUAAAAGACAUGCAAGCAAAAAAUUAUACAGGGCUGAAUCAGGAAAGACAGGUUGUUUUUCUCCAAAGAUUAGCCGAAAAGAAAUGGUUCGUAGGUCGUUACGCUUGAAGUUUGGCUUGGGGAAAAGCAACAGAGAAAUGAAUAUUGUAUCAGGCUGUGCAGUUGGUAAUAGAUUGGAAAAUAUUGGAAGACGUCUUGCAAGUCAACAAGGUUUGGAAAGCAGAAUUGAAUGUGGAAAAAGAUGUGUCCUCUUCAGCCCAUGCAUCAAUGAAAAAUUCCCUAAGAAAGGUUCAAAGAAUAUGAGCAAGUCAGAAGAAAACUUGUUAACUCCAAAGUGUAGUGAUAAAGUAGUUCACCGAAUGUCAUGGAAUAGCUCUACUGUUAUGCAUCCUCAAGCGAUCAACAAGAAUGAGGGAGUUCUACCAGGACCCCCUGAAACAGGAGCUGUUUUUUCAGAAUCUGUUUUGAUGUUUGGAAAGCCAGCAGUUGUUCCAGAUGAAUUCAAAUCCACAACUGUAAGCAAACAAGACAACAGCUUGGAACUUUUGCUUUGUGAAGCUGAAAGCGAUUCAACUGCAGAAACAUUACUGAAAGUUAAGCAAGCCUUCUCUGUGUCUGGAAGUAAUUGUUGUAAUUUGACAGGUGAUACAAAAUCUUCCUUCUUGGAUGUAGCAGGUGAAACUCUGUGUCUCACAGGACUCAGCCCAGAAAAAGAAUUGUUAGCUGAAGAAAUUUCUGAAAAUCUAGCAAGUACAAAAUCCGGAGAACUGCCGUACCAAUUUAAUCAAUCUUAUGCUACUGAUAAACAGCAAUCAAAAGAAGAUGAAAUGAAAGUUUUGGAGAAAAGAAACUUCAAAACUUCUAUUGAAAUUGAACUUCAGGUCCCAAAACCAGAUAUAAAAAAUGCAACAGAACUUCCUGUGCCUCAAGUACUGGCCCAGGAAGACAAGCUGACUAUUCAGAGCAGUUCAUCAAAAGAUGACUUAAACAAAUUGGAUUCCUCUGGAAGAAAAGAGGAAAUAGAAUUAACAUACUCACGAGCAGCUGAAAACUGUAUGGUAGAGUGCUAUAAUUCAGCAGAGGACACUGCUAAACUUUGUGUGUCAGGACAGCUUCCUACUUCACAGUUACCUAGAUCACAAAAUGAAGUAGGCAACCAAUACGUGCAGGCUGAAAAUUCUGGUAAAACUUUAACUAAAACAUCAGCUGUUUCUGACCAUGGAAAGGUGUCUGACCACAUACAAUGGUUCAACAAGCUUUCACUAAAUGAUCCAAGUUCUGCAAGCAAAACUAAACCACCUCUUAAGUUUCAACGUACUCCUGUUCGACAGUCUGUAAGAAGAAUUAAUUCCUUAUUGGAGGCUAACAGACGGUCUGUAAGCUCCCAGCAGUUUGAAACAGGUGAUGUUGGUUCACAGCUUGUUAAAUCUUCAAGCUAUGAUUCUGCGCUAUUCUCCUGCACAGAAAAGCCCUCAAAGAAUUCCAUGGCUUGGCUGCUCAGGAGCAAAAGUAUGUAUGACCAAGUUUCUGUAGCUCAUAAGCAGCUAGAUGUAAUGUCCAAAUCAUGUUGCAGGCCCUUAAAUCCAUCAGACAAGCCUGAUGUUUCUGUCAGAACUACUGGAAUCCAAGAACAGAAAGCAACUGUUCAUCCAUCGAAGUCUGUUCUAGAAGACCUAACUAAUCAUGAAACAGUGAAAUCCAGUUUAAAAGUUAAUGCAAAUGUAAGUAUUCCAGGUGCUGCCCCAGAAAAAUCUACAAUCACAAGAAGUGCUUCAGGAAAAGAGAGAGUUCGCUAUAGAGGCUCACCAAAGAAUCCAAUAUCUCGUGUGAAACUGCUACCAACUGCAAAACCAGUGGACUUAUAAGUUCAAAUAUGAUGACUAAAUGGGCUUAUUGUAACUUGGUUAACCUUUGGAAAAACUAAAUUUGUAUGUUUUGGGGAUUUUUUUAGCUCUAAUUAUUUUUUAUUUUGAUUUAUAUUUUUAAUGGGAUGAGUCAUGGCCUUGUACAGAUAACAAUUUGUUUUAUGUUGAGGUUUUCUUCAUUUACUGAAACUUUUGUAAAUGCUAGUCAGUUCAUCCAAAUUAAUUUGACAUCUAAAACAAACUUGUUUUUACAGAUGUUUGUUAGAUCUACUGGAUUACCUUAGCUUUUAAAAACAGGCUACAUCUCCUAAAACAUUUUUGCAGUAUUUAGAGUAAGUACCAACUUUAAAAAAAAAAAUCUCAGAUGUUUAAAGCAAAACUAACAGACAUGUGAAAGAAAUGGUCUUGAUGCCAAGCAUUGGCAGCUAUAUUUACUACUUAGUUUCAAGUGUAUCAUAGCACUACUUUUUGAUAUCAAAGUUGGACCUUACAUGAGCGCUGCUUCUCAGACAAUGGUUUCUAUUGGAGUAAAUUGGGAGCAUUUUUUCCUUUUUGAGUAGGUAAAUUAAUUAUAUACACACUGGAGAGUUAUUAGAACAUGUGGAAAAUAAAUGUGUAGUUUUAUCAAGAAGUGAGAAGUCUUAAAACUUCAUCCAGCAAUGUGUUCUGCAAUAGGUACCAAGUAUUUUCAGUUGUGAUCAGUAAAGUGUUUUAUCUUAAUAUGAAAGAAUCAUUUUAACUUAUUUUUAAAGGAAUAGAAUAGUGUUAACUAGAUGGUGCGAAUGCAGGUUUAGAUGCUGGUAAUGUUGCAAGAGACGAAUGUGAGAAGCCAUAGUGUGUUUUAAGUUGAUUUGCACAAGCAAAUGUUUACAUCAUUUGGAAUUAAAACUGUUUGUCAUCAGUUGUGAAAUUAUUUAAAAUACUUGUAACUGUUCAUUAGUUUUCUGUAUGAAAAUUGCUUCUAGGCAAAAUGUAAGAGCUGAAAGCACUGGAUACUUUUGGUUUUAUUAAAACCAUUGUUUUUGUCCCUUU